GGACGCCUGGACACCAGGAGAGCGCGGGGACUCUCCGAGCCCGGCGCGGGGGUUUCCGCAACUUACGGGCGGGGCCGGAAGAGGAAGUCGGCGCUGUCGUGGCGGCCCCCGAAGCAGCGGCAGUCCCAUCGUUGCCCGGCCGCCUGCCCUGUCCAGUCCGGUCCGGCCACGGAGGCAGCGCAGCGGCCGGACCCCGAGGGAGCUACCCCGCCGAGUGAGCUGCGCCGCGCCGUGCAGUCCCACCCGGCGCCCACCAGUCCGAUGGGGCCGCAGCGGCAGCUGUCUCCGGCCGGAGCCGCCCUACUCUGGGGCUUCCUGCUCCAGCUGACAGCGGCUCAGGAAGCAAUCUUGCAUGCAUCUGGAAAUGGCACAACCAAGGACUACUGCAUGCUUUAUAACCCUUAUUGGACAACUCUUCCAAGUACCCUAGAAAAUGCAACUUCUGUUAGUUUGAUGAAUCUGACUUCCACACCACUAUGCAACCUUUCUGAUAUUCCUUCUGUUGGCAUAAAGAACAAAGCAGUUGUGGUUCCAUGGGGAAGCUGCCAUUUUCUUGAAAAAGCCAGAAUUGCACAGAAAGGAGGUGCUGAAGCAAUGUUAGUUGUCAAUAACAGUGUCCUAUUUCCUCCCUCAGGUAACAGAUCUGAAUUUCUUGAUGUGAAAGUACUGAUUGCAUUUAUAACCCACAAAGACUUUAAAGAUGCAAACCAGAUUCUGGGAAAUAACAUUACUGUGAAAAUGUAUUCUCCAUCAUGGCCUGACUUUGAUUAUACUAUGGUGGUUAUUUUUGUAAUUGCUGUGUUCACUGUGGCAUUAGGUGGAUACUGGAGUGGACUAGUUGAAUUGGAAAACUUGAAAGCAGUGACAACUGAAGAUAGAGAAAUGAGGAAAAAGAAGGAAGAGUAUCUAACUUUCAGUCCUCUUACAGUUGUCAUAUUUGUGGUCAUCUGCUGUGUUAUGAUGGUCUUACUUUAUUUCUUCUACAAAUGGUUGGUUUAUGUUAUGAUAGCAAUUUUCUGCAUAGCAUCAGCAAUGAGUCUGUACAACUGUCUUGCUGCACUAAUUCAUAAGAUACCAUAUGGACAAUGCACGAUUGCAUGUCGUGGCAAAAGCAUAGAAGUGAGACUUAUUUUUCUCUCUGGACUGUGCAUAGCAGUAGCUGUUGUUUGGGCUGUGUUUCGAAAUGAAGACAGGUGGGCUUGGAUUUUACAGGAUAUCUUGGGGAUUGCUUUCUGUCUGAAUUUAAUUAAAACACUGAAGUUGCCCAACUUCAAGUCAUGUGUGAUACUUCUAGGCCUUCUCCUCCUCUAUGAUGUAUUUUUUGUUUUCAUAACACCAUUCAUCACAAAGAAUGGUGAGAGUAUCAUGGUUGAACUUGCAGCUGGACCUUUUGGAAAUAAUGAAAAGAAUGAUGGAAACUUGGUGGAAGCCACUGGUCAACCCUCAGCUCCCCAUGAGAAAUUGCCAGUAGUCAUCAGAGUACCAAAACUGAUCUAUUUCUCAGUAAUGAGUGUGUGCCUCAUGCCUGUUUCAAUAUUGGGUUUUGGAGACAUUAUUGUACCAGGCCUGUUGAUUGCAUACUGUAGAAGAUUUGAUGUUCAGACUGGUUCUUCUUAUAUAUACUAUGUUUCGUCUACUGUUGCCUAUGCUAUUGGCAUGAUACUUACAUUUGUUGUUCUGGUGCUGAUGAAAAAGGGGCAACCUGCUCUCCUCUAUUUAGUACCUUGCACACUUAUUACUGCCUCAAUUGUUGCCUGGAGACGUAAGGACAUGAAAAAGUUCUGGAAAGGUAACAGCUAUCAGAUGAUGGACCAUCUGGAUUAUGCAACAAAUGAAGAAAACCCUGCAAUGACUGGUGAACAGAUUGUCCAGCAAUAAUAUGUGGAACUGCCAUAAUGUGUCAUUGAUUUUCUACAAAUAGACUUGGACUUUUUAAAUUGACUUUUGAAUUGACAAUCUGCAAGAGUCAUCAAUGAUAUGCUUGCAAAUAUAUAUUUUUAUGAGCUGGUACUGACAGUUACAUCAUAAAUAACUAAAACGCUUUGCUUUUAAUGUUAAAGUUGUGCCUUCACAUUAAAUAAAACAUGGCUGUGUAGUUUCCAAGAUGUACUAUAUACAGUAUAUUUUUCUAAAAAAAAAUGACUUGACCCACCCCUAUACUUUUUUUUUUACUGAAAUCUGUUUCUUUCAGCUCUGAUGGUAGAUAAAAGUAGUUACUAUUUCUGAAUGGGUUUUACUGUAAACAGUUAUGCAAAUUGGCCAGGCAUGAUGGCUCAUGCCUGUAAUCCCAGCACUUUGGGAGACCGAGGCAAGCGGAUCACGAGGUCAACCCCUCUCUACUAAAAAUACCAAAAAUUAGGCUGGCAUGGUGGAGGGCGCCUGUAGUCCCAGCUACUUGAGAGGCUGAGGCAGGAGAAUGGCGUGAACCUGGCAGGUGGAGCUUGUAGUGAGCCGAGAUCACGCCACUGCACUCCAGCCUGGGCGACAGAGUGAGACUCCAUCUCAAAAAAAAAAAAAAAAGAUUUAUGCAAAUGAUAUCUGUUCUGUAGAAAUAACUGUUUAACACCAUGCAAGAAGGCGGUUCAACAGUGAAAAUUUGGACCUUAUAUCACUGCAGAGGUUAGAAAUAUAUAAUUUUGGAAUAAAUAUAAGUGCAUAUUUUUGUAGUAUUUUUUUAAACCCAAUUCUUUCAUAAACUUGAGAACUGAAAUUACUUCAGACUGCAUGUGUAUUAUAUUAAGAACAUUUUUCCAGGUAUAGAGAAACAUAAUAUAUAGAACUAGUCACUAAAAGGAGACAGAAACUGAAAUCUAGUUUUCAUUGGUUUGCUGACCUUUUUUUUUGAAAAUGUAGCUUAUAUUUCAAUACUAACAUUCAGUUUCACUUUGGUAUUUCUGAUCUUUGAAAUUUGGUUCUGUUGAUGUUAAGGUUUGAUUUUUUUAAAAAUUAUUUAUUAAUACAUAUGGCUCAUUGUUGAAUACAACAUUCCUAAUAUUAUCCCACAUUCCCCCACCCCCACCCAUUAUCUUUUUUUCUUCCUGAUUCCCACCCCUUGCCCCGUAGGUAAUGACUCUUAAGCUUGGUGGAGGAUGUACAAAGUGCGGUUCAGAGAAAAGAAUUGGCAACAACAGCAAGAGACUUGGUGUUAGUCUCAGUUUAAUUACAAUACAAGGAAGAGUUGAGUAAUUUGCUGCAGCUCAGGACGGCUGUAUCUCAGUUUUCUCAUCUGCAAAAUGAGUAGGUUAGACCAGCUAAUCACUCUGGUACCUUCCAACUUGAAAAAAAUUUUUUCCUCAUUCUUUGGUAAAUUUUACAUGUGGCCUGAUCAUUCUCCUGGAAGUCAGAGGUCAAAGUAUCUUUCCAUGUUCUUUUAAUUUAUCUAAGAAAUUCCCAAAUGACAGGUGAUAACAAAGGCAGCAAGAUUUUUCAUUUCUCUUUAAAUAAUGUGUAAACUAUGUGAAGAGAACUAUAUCUUUCAUCUAAGGCCAGUUCAACUUACUAAAAAUAAAACCAAUGCCUUUGAAAAUGGAUCAGACCUUUGAUAUUUGAACUAAAUUUUGUAUUAGAGACUUGUAAAAAAUUGUUCUCUUUUGCUGAAUAAAUUGCAAACAGAAAAGCUCCACUGACCAUCAGUCCCCCUCUGCUUAAUGCGGUCAGGGGUCCUUUCAUUUAUGGCAAAUGACUUAUCUGACAAUAGUUAAUUUUGCCUCCAUUGUAUCAACUUUGAAUUUUUUCCAAGAAAUCUGAUUUAUUUGGCAGACUCGGAGAGAGAGAGAACAGAUUAAGUGCCAUUUUAAAACUCUUAUUUUCAUUUACAAUAAUAAAAUAUUUGCCAAAAUACAACUUUUUUUGUAAAAUUAUCUGCACCCUCAUCCAAGUUUUAUGAUAUUUAAUAGCCUCAAUCACAUUUUAUGAAGAAUGUUAAAGAAAAAUUAUUUUUUUUUACUACACUGAAAUAAGAUAAUUUUUUCUUCUUUUUUUUUUUUUUUGAAACGGAGUCUCCCUCUGUCACCCAAGCUGGAGUGCAGUGGCGAGAUCUUAGCUCACUGCAACCUCUGCCUCCUGGUUCAAGCAAUUUUCCUGCCUCAGCCUCCCAAGUAGCUGGGAUUAUAGGUGCAUGCCACCAAGCCUGGCUAAAUUUUGUAUUUUUAGUAGAGAUGGGGUUUCACCGUGUUGGUCAGGCUGAUUUUGAACUCCUGACCUUGUGAUCCGCCCGCCUUGGCCUCCCCGAGUGCUGAGAUUACAGGCGUGAGCCACUGUGCCUGGUGAAAUAAGAUAAUUUCUCAAAAUAAUUUGGUUUCAUAUGACUGGAGUCGUAAUAAAUAUUUUAACUUCAUCAUCUAGAUGUAUCUCCUCAGUAGCAUAGUAACUGAUACAUCCAGAAAUCUGAAGUCUGAGUUACUUGAUACAAAUUCUACUUUAUGUAACCAUUAGUUAUUAAGGAAGUAAAAUCUUGUUCUAAUUUGCUAUUAAAAUCUUAUUGGUUAAAUAGAAAUAAGAAAAAGUAUAAUUACUCAAGUUUCUUCAUCCUCAAUGUCAACUUUAUAUUGUAAUUAAAUGUGUAGCAACAAGCUGACAGUAGUGAUUAAGAAAUUAAAGUACAGAAAUGUUUUAUUUGGGGACUCAAAAUGAACAAAAGAUAGAUGAGAUGAAAAUUUGACUUAAAAAGCUGUCAUCUCUUCCUCUCUUGCCCUCCCACCACCAAUAACUUUAAGGGGAAGAGAAGCUGGUCUUUUCCCUAAACAUGUCUUUAAAAUAAUGAUACACUGUAUUUAUUAAUUCUGGAUGCAAAAAAA